AUGAAUCGAGUUAUUGCUGAACAUAUGAUUAGCAGUGCUGUGAUUAACCAUUUUGCACGAAAUGGUAGCAGUGGUACCUUUGGAAUAACAAUGAGCCCACGUCCAUCAGUUCUGAACUGCACCUCAACAGCAGUCGUGCAGUUCGCAUCCAGGAAGUUCGGUGCGCUUCAUCUGAUCAUUGGUGCUGUUUUGGUGAGUACUGAAGCAACCAACCUUCUAAACAGUUUUGGCAUAACAGCUCACUAA